CCUGGACCUGCGGCACAAGAAGCACGUGUGUCUGAGGAUGUCCCUCCGGCUCUAGCAAAACGCAUAGGGCAAAGAAGACUGUCCCGUUCACCAUUACCACGUUCCAUGAUUCAGAGCAUGGAACAGGAGCGAUUUCACACUCCUAACGUUGAUGGCAAGGUCGCAAACGAUAACCUCCCAAAACACCACAAUGGGGAACAUAUCGUUAGUCCUUCGACGACUACCGUGCUUGAGCAGUGCAGAACGCAUCUCGCGCCUGUUGUGUUGGCUUCUGUGACGGCGAGAGAUUCUCAGGUAGCCACACAACUUCAGCAAUGCGCAACCAUUCUAUCGGAUGAUAGAUGCGCAAGUUUGCUCCGUCACGCAAAGGAUAUGAGAGAGCAGCUACGGUCUUCUGCACAUGCGCAUGUGCCAAGUACUCCCAGGUGUAGAUCACCUGAGUACUUGAAUCGCGAAAGCGACUACGAGCGUACAAAUGGUCGUGUUUCAUGGAACCCUGAAACACCAGAGUCUAUUGUCUGUGCAGAAACACAGGUGCGAAGAGAUAGUGAUGUGACUCUCGCGGAGGAUCUGGAUGGGAAUCAUUCUACGGCUUUGAAAGCGUGUGCUGGUCCACUCCAAAGCCACCACCCAUUGUCCAAGGUGGAAGAAUUGUCACCUGUGUUAUUUCCUGCAAAAGUUAGGGAAACAGACAUCUACAUGCAUUCUGGGUCAGUUGAAGGAGACAUUGGUCAAGAAAAUAUGGCACAUUCUACACGUGGCUUGCCCCGUGGCCGAGCUGCUGUUCAACAGCACUCUCUACCUGCAUUAUGGUCAAGACACAAUGGGCCUGAUAUGCCUUGUAUCAAUGAAGCAUUUGCAAUGGUGAGCGAAGAGCUAUUCUUGGACACGGGAAGGUAGAAUAUUUUUUGUUCUUGAAACAACCAUGUCCAACUUGAUAUUUCUUGACAGGCUAGAUGCCGUCGCGCGUAUAUACUGUUUGAGGAAAGGUAAUUU